AAAGUCUCCUCUAAAUUAUUGGAUCCAUCAAUCAUCAUCAUAGAAAUUUCGUGUUUUACUAAACUAAAGCAAUAUUACUAUAAUAAUUGAAUUUAUAGGAAAACAAAAAUAUCAGAAACAUCAUAGAAACUGUCGGCUACCUCGUCCCAUGCACGGUACGACAAACUUUGGUCCCUCCUCACACUUCAUCGCCACGCUAUACCACGUGGCACAUUCACAACCCUUAAAAAUUUAUCAAACGAAUCAUACAUCUUCACGUGUCACAAACUCCAAUACCACGUGGCAAUUUCAGACCCCAGGAUUCUCAACGAGUCAAACCUCUUCACGUGUCGCAAACUUGUAGAACGUUCAAACAUCUCACUCACAUACAAAGUGUAUAUAUUUAUCUUCACAACGCAAACCAUAAAACACAUAAACCUCAAAAGAUAAGACUUUGAAAAAAACUCUCUUAUCUAAAUGAUUAAUACACAAACCGCGUCGGCUCGUCGGAUUCUGACUUUUCCGGCGGUGAAUCCAUGCGAAUCCAUCUCUCUACCCACACUCCUCGACUCACUACUACAUAUCGCCGGCGAGAUUCUCAGCUUCAAAUCAAAACACUUCUCAACAAACAAAAGAAGUGUUAAAGAAACUCUCCGACAUAUACAAUCUCUUGUCAUCUUCUUGGAAGAGCUCCGCGUUCAAAUCCGGGUCGGAUCAAUAUCAGCGGGUCGUCGUUCGGUAAUCUUGAGCCUUUCGGAGCUUCAUGUCAUCUUCCAGAAACUCAAGUUCCUUUUAGAAGACUGUACACGAGAUGGAGCUAAGCUGUUUAUGUUGGUAAACUCAGGUCAAGUCUCAGCUCAUUUCCGUGUCUUGAUCCGAUCUAUAUCAACUAGCCUCGACACGUUUCCACUCGGGUCUGUUGAGUUACCUGGAGAAGUCAAUGAGCUUAUCUAUCUAGUCAUGCGUCAGACUCGUAAAUCCGAAGCAAGACCUGACAGAGACGACAAACUCGCUAUAGACUCUGUUUAUUGGUUCUUUAAUCUGUUUGAGAACAGAAUCAACCCGAACUCGGAUGAGAUACUCCGAGUUCUUGAUCACAUUGGUGUCAAGAAAUGGAGAGAUUGUGUCAAAGAGAUUGACUUUUUACGAGAAGAGAUCUCCGUGGAGAAGAAGAGUAACAUCGAAAUCGAGCUUCUCAGUAGCUUAAUGGGAUUCAUAUGCUAUUGUAGAUGUGUGAUACUUCGAAGCAUUGAUGUUGAUGAUGAAGUUGAGAAAGAAGAAGACGAAGAAGAGGAUUUGAUGAUGAUUCGUGGUUUAAACAUUGAUGAUCUUCGUUGUCCAAUUUCUCUCGAGAUCAUGAGUGAUCCAGUGGUUUUGGAAACAGGACACACGUAUGACCGGAGCUCAAUCGCGAAGUGGUUCUCCUCCGGUAACAUCACGUGCCCUAAGACUGGUAAGAACCUGACUAGUACUGUGUUGGUUGAUAACUUCUCCAUCAAGCAAGUGAUUCAAAGCUACUGCAAGCAAAACGGUGUAGUUUCGGGUCAAAAGGGGAAGAAGAAAGUGGUUGUGGCGGAGAGUUUAGCGGCGGAAGAAGCUGCGAAACUCACCGCGGAGUUCCUCGCCGAUGAAUUGAUCAAUGGAGACGAGGAACAGAUGGUUAAAGCAUUAGUGGAGAUUCGGAUUCUCACAAAGACGAGUAGUUUCAACAGAUCUUGCUUGGUGGAAGCUGGAGCUGUGGACUCGUUGAUGAAGAUUCUUCGUUCUGAAGAUCCGAGGAUUCAAGAGAACGCCAUGGCUGGGAUUAUGAAUUUGUCGAAAGAUACCGCCGGAAAAAAUCGAAUCGCCGGAGACGACGGUGGUGGAUUAAGGCUGAUCGUGGAGGUUUUAAACGACGGUGCGAGAAGAGAGAGUAGGCAAUACGCAGCGGCUGCGUUGUUCUAUCUAUCUUCUCUCGGAGAUUACAGCAGAUUGAUCGGAGAGAUCUCAGAUUCGAUUCCAGGAUUGGUGAGAAUCGUUAAGAGUUGUGAUUUUGGCGAUUCGGCGAAACGCAACGCGUUAAUCGCGAUUCGGAGUUUGUUGAUAAACCAACCUGAGAAUCACUGGCGUGUUCUCGCCGCCGGAUCUGUUCCCGUUCUCCUCGAUCUUUUAAAAUCCGGUGAGGUCAGCGACGGAGUCACGGCGGAUUCGAUGGCGAUUCUAGCGAAAAUGGCGGAAUAUCCAGACGGGAUGAUAUCCGUUCUACGUCGUGGAGGAUUGAAGCUCGCGGUGAAGAUUUUGGGUUCGUCGGAGGUAACGCCGGCGACGAAGCAGCACUGUGUUGCUCUGCUUUUGAAUCUGUGUCACAACGGAGGAAGUGACGUCGUCGGGUCUUUGGCUAAGAAUCCGUCUGUUAUGGGGUCGCUUUACACGGCGUCAAGUAACGGCGAGUUUGGAAGUGGGAAAAAGGCGAGCGCGCUUAUUAAAUUGAUACACGAGUUUCAAGAGAGGAAAACCGGUACGGUUGAACCGGUUUUAGAAAGAGACCGGUUCAUACACGCCUGGUAAAUUGGUAUUUUGGCUCAUACAUACACACACACAGAGCAGUAGUAACUCUUUGAGCUUUUUUAAUCGAAGGGUUAAAAUGUAAACUUAUUUUUUUUAUAUAGAUUAAGGAUACGUUUUAUAUUUAUAAGUACAUAAUUUUUAAAGCUUAAACCUGUAUAUUUUAGCUCUGGGAGUUUUUUAUAACCCAAAGAGCCUAAAUAGGCUAAUACUAAUGUAAUCAGUUUCUUCUCUGCUUAAUAAUGGCAAUGUCUACUGUAGUUAUGGUAUCAACAUCUGGAAAUAAACUGAAAUAAUACAAGUCCUUGUAGUUGUUAUCA